AAACCACUGCGUGAAGUAGCUACAGGUAAUAUUGGCUCCGUAUACCAUUUCCUUUCCAGAGUUGUUGCAGUUCAGUGAGAAAUGGAAGACUUGGAGGAGUCGAUGUCUGACUGCAGUGUGGAUUCGAAUAAACUACCACCGAUGCCGCCAUUGAUGAAGUCGAAGAGGAAUAUGCGCGACCAUACUUCUAGAGAGCAUGGUCCAUCAUCCGUUCUACCAUGUCCUGCGUCCAACCUUUUAGAGAAAAACAUGGAGAAAGCGUCGUGUAUGAGAUCUGCUUCACUGGGAAAGAGAGAGGACACAAGUAACAUACCCCCUGAGUAUACCAGCAGCCUAAUUCCUGUUUCUACUCCGCCAUUGAUAAGAUGGACGAGGAACACAAUUCACUCAGGCAGCACUUCUAACCGUCGGUCAGCUUUCGAACAGACAUUUCGAACUGCCUACGAAAGCGAACGGGAUGAAACAAUUUCUAGUACACCUUCUGAUAUGGACGACGUGGUGAACUGGACUUCAGCGGUCAGCGGGUAUGAGAAACGUGCAUCGCCUGUGAGAUCAUAUCCUCAGUUUGCAAUGGACGCCUUAACUCCAGCCACAGCGUCAAAUACUGGAGUGUCCGCUGGAAGAACACCUGAAAUAUGGGAGAAACCUGAUGCGUGUGACAUGCCAGUCGGACACAGGCGUCCUAUCCGACCAUAUUCUGACUCCUCUAUGGCUCAGAAUCAGGUUUCACAAAAGCGUUCUAAGAAUAAGACCUCGCAAAGGUGUCAGUAUUGCCAAAAAGAGUUCAAAACAGUAUCUCACCUCCGCGUGCAUGAACGUGUUCACACUGGAGAUCGACCAUUCAAGUGUGAUGUAUGCGGGAAGUCUUUCACUCAGUCAUGCAGUCUCUGCGCUCACAAACGUACUCAUACUGGAGAUCGACCAUUCAAGUGUGAUAUUUGCGGGAAGUUCUUCACUCAGUCAGGCAAUCUACGUGUGCAUAAACGUAUUCACACUGGAGAGAGACCGCACAAGUGUAAGACACGUGGCAUAUCGUUCACGCAUUCGUCUAGUUUACGCAGACUUGAAAGUAUUCAUUCUGCAUAAAGACCUUUUACGUGCAAGACAUGUGUAAGGUCAUCGAAACAGUCAUUCUAACUACAUGACCAUGAACGUACUAUUCAUACAGAAGAACGUCCAUGUAGGUGCAGAGAGUGCGCAAAGUUCUUCAGAACAUCAUCAUGUUAUCCUAGAUACCAGUGUAUUUAUAACCUACAAUGAAUAGCCUAAAAGUCGUUAGAUAGUGUUUUGUAUGGGUGAAAAUGCUUUUCUCCUCUUCGCGCUUAUGAAUUGUAAGAACAAGAGAGAAAGAGUGUGUGCGUGUCGGUUUGAAAGAUAGUAUUAUAUUAGCAGCAUUUAAAAAAAAGAAAUCAGUCUUUGAUGCUUUUCACAGUCCGAUCCUAGCCACACACGCGAUAAACUAUGAUAGUACAGAAUCGCAAUCUGAUGUGGAUUAUGUAGUUCUGUGCUUCUGUUCUACUCCAUGGUCUCGUUCUCACGUAUUAUGUCAGAAGUUAAUAAUCUUACUCAAGCGUAACCUUCGUUCUCAGAAAGUUUAAUUUAUUCAGAUCGUAGAUUUGUGCGAAGCGUUUGACUUUUAAGA